CUGCUUGAGUGAGUGGCUAUGCACUCAGUUGUAUAACUUGAUGAGUUUUUUACUUAUACACUUGAACUUAUGGCCGUAACUUUGAAUGACAGUCAAGUUUCCUUGAUACAACUUGAGGAAACGAGAACAACUAGAAUUCCGACGCCAAUUAUUGAAGAAGGUUUAGUGGACGAAACAAAAUUUGGAAAUAAUGAAAAGUCUAAAAACAGUUUCUUGCCUAGCAUGCCUCUUGGAAAAAGGAAAAAUCGAAAAGUUGCUAAUGAUGGAACUGAAAAAAAUGGAAAAGUAUCAUCAAGUUGGACAGAGCAUGACAAAAUUUCUUCAACAAAUAAAAAACCUAAAAUCAAAAUAAACAACAAAGUCCCAAAAAAUGGUCAUUUGUCAGAUAAUAAUAAGAAAAGGGACAAUUCAAACAAUGCUGAUGAUGAAGAAAAACAAACAUUUUUAUCAUGGUUAAAAUCAAAGUUUGUCACUAAAAACAAAGAUAUUGAUAUCAGCAAAUCCAAUAAAAAAAAGAUGAUGUACUUCGGACUAGUUUUGCCCACUUUUGUAUUUCUUCCUGAAGCUUUAGAACAGAGUAGUGCUGCUAAAUUUGGUGAAGAUUUUCAGUUACAUCUUGCAGCUGCUCAUAUUGAUGAUGCUUUGGACGGACGAGGAAAGUUUGGCAAAGCAAGAGCUGCAAUGAAGUCAAAAAAUGUACAAAAGUGCUUCAAGAUUAUAUCCAGUCCAUAUUGGGAAUAUCUACUGUACUUAUUUAUCGCAUUACAUUGUUUCAUGCCAUUCUGGGAACAAUCUCCUACACCAACUCCUAUUGGUGCAACAUGGAGUAAUAGUUGGGAUAUGCCAAUAUUUGUCCUUGUAAUCGAUGCUUUAUGUAUGACGGUAUAUGUAAUCGAUAUAACUUUAUCAAUCGUAUUUAUUUCAUGGAGACAUUUCUGGAAAGCUAAAGAAAAUUUUUGGUUAAGGGUGGAAUUCACCUUGACUGGGAUGUUCAUAAUAGAUUAUAUCAUCUUAGUAUUGGAAAAGAUAUUGGUCAUUAGAUUGAUUGCACCUUUUCGUUGUUUGAGAGCUGCUAUGUUGUUAUGUAAAUCACAAAACGUUGCUCAUAUUUUUAAAGUUCUUGUCAGCAUCACAGCAAAGCUAGGCAAGGUAUUUUCCAUCAUCUUCAUUUUCAUCUUUACAUUUGCAUCAAUUGGUCUUCAUCUUUAUAUGGAUGAUUAUCAUGAAAUUCCAGAAGUUUGUACAAAUGAGACAACAGCUUGGAAUUGCACCAACGUUUACUCAGGAGCUUUUGACCACGUUGCCAUUGCAAGUCUCCACAUGUUUGUUCUGAUGUCUACAGAAAAUUAUCCGGAUGUCAUCAUCCCUGCUUAUGAUGUGAGCGUGGCAAAUUUCUUUUAUUUCAUGUUUUAUCUAUAUGCUGGAGUCUUCUUCCUCACUGCUAUUUUGUUGGCAAUCAUCGUUGAAAGUUACUGGGAAUAUAGCAAGAAGCAUGUCAAGUUGGAACGAUUACGACAGAGAGAAGAACUCAUAAAAGCAUGGAAUCUUCUUGAUUUGAACGGAAGUGGAUUUCUCAGUGUUGAUGAUCCCAAGUUGCUGAAACUCUUUAAAAUUCUCAGACCAAAAAACUCAGAAGAUGAAAACUUGGAAUUAUUGGAAUACAUUAGCGACAGUAUUGAGGAUUAUAUAAUCGAAUCAUAUGAUUGGACGACAAGACUCGUUGAUGCUUUGAGAUUUGAAUUUGAACCUGAAACUGAAGAUGAAGAUAAAGAAACUGAUUCACACAAUCAAACACCAUCCAAGUGGACAAGUAUACAACAGUUCACAAGAAAAAUUAUACAUGCAAACAGAAUCGGGAUUGCUAUAUUGAUGCUUAUUUUGCUGCACAGUGUUCUUUUUUGUUUGAUGUGGAAUGGCAUUACAGGUUUUGCACAAGAAGGAAUUCAAAUAUUCCGCUCUGUAAUUUUAUUCAUGUUUAUUCUUGAAAUAUUAUUGAGAAUGAUAUCAGAUGGAACAAAAUUACUUAAUAUGCUCGAUCUCUUAGAUAUGUUUAUGGUUUUCGUUGCUGUCACAGGAAAUGUGCUAUGGUACAUUUUAUGGUACACAUUCCCACGUUCUGAAGUGAGGAUAUACCUCGGAGCUUGUAUUGUCGCUUCAUCAUUGGCUGUUCUUGCUCGACUGUUGUUUAACUCGGAACAAGCUCGAUCAGCAAUAUAUAUUCUUCGCAGUAUUUAUCCUGUUAUGUUCGAUCUGAUAUUACUUGUCAUCAUCAUUAUUUACUUCUAUGCUAUCUUGGGAUUGGAAAUAUUUCAAGACCAAACUCUAGAAAAAAGUAAGCAGAGUGGAUUUGAAGGAAGCUAUGUGCAAUAUGGUUGUGGCGUGGGAUUUGAAACAUUUGGAUGUGCAAUGAUGGUGGUGUUUCAAAUCGUAACAACCAAUGAUUGGCAUCAAAUUAUGUUGGGAGCUAUGAUUGAUGCUGGUUGGGCAUCAUCGUUUUAUUUUGUUACCUGUUAUCUCUUCAUCAACAUGAUCGUGAUGAAUUUGUUUGUGGCAAUUUCUAUUGAAGCUUAUAAAAAACUAGCUCGAGAUAGUAGAGACAUGGCAAUGAAACCAGAGCCAACAAAGUCUGAAGAGGAAGAGGAAAAGUCUGAAGAAGAGACAGAGACACCUGCUGAGGAGAAGUUGAAAAAGAAAAAAUAUGAUCGCUCAUUGGGUGCUGCAAAAGAGGCUUUUACUGGUUUAUUUGCUAGCACACGAGUUAGAAAAACAUCCUCCAAUGUUCAAUAUGGUGGUGCAAGUCCUAAUACACAUCAAAUGUCACGAAGAGGUCCGAGAGGUUCUAUUGCUACUGUUAGUUUAAAAACUCAAUCUGGUGAUGAUAAUUCAGAUGAUGACACAAUUUUCAGCAUAAGAAGUUUACCAGGAACUCCGAGAAAGAGACAAAGAAGUAUUCGUGAACGUGCAAGCACCGAAGGAUCACCAAGAAAGCGAUUUUCAUCGACAAAUACACCAGAAACACCAGGCUUAAGAAAAACCAGUUCAAUCAAGGAACCCAGCGGUAGAAGAUCGCCCAGUAAUCGUAGACAAGGAAUGAUGAAAGCAAGAAGUGAACAGAAACGAAGGGAAAGAAAAGCAAGGCAGCAACAACAGACACCUCCCGAUUCCAGACAAGAGAAUAAUCUCCAUGUUCCUUCACCCAAGCUCAGCAUGUCCGAUGUUGUCAAAUUGAAAAGGAUGGUGAAAGUAAUUGCAAAGUAUAAGGCUCGGACUUAUAAAGAAAUGUCACUCGAAGAAGGCCAGAUGUUAUCAGUUACGGAAGAGAAAAAUGAAAUGUACAAAGGACCUUCCGGAUGGUUUCCUAAAACUCAUAUUGUAGAUGUGGCAAUGGAAGUAAACAAUGGCGGCCCCUUCAAAGAAAAUAAUGCUUAUGACAGUCCAAGUUCAUCAAGAAGGCGAAAAACUGGAAAAGUUAAAUUCAUGGUUGAAAAUGAAACAAAUUUAACUGACAAACCAAGUAGCGCCAGUAGUUCAAAAUCAUUGGGGACUACUGGUCAACAGCCAUUGCACCAUCGUAACUCACAAUUAAGAAUGAGAAAGAAAGUUAAUUUAACAGAUUGGAGGAGAGAUAUACUUGGUGAUAUGACUGUCAUGAAUAGAGAUGAGAUGCAAGAACUUAGUAAACGUUUAAGAGGUGGGAAUGAAAAUUUUCAAAGACGUCAACAACGAGUUACCACUGGCUAUAGACCUCCAAACUUGAGUCCAAGAAGGGUGGAGCAGGAAUCUAUACAAGAAUCUAUUGAGGAAGAAGAUUUACCUGCAGUUCCAGAACUUACUGUAUCUGAAGCUCUGUCUUCUCAACAUAACACCAGUGAAAGUGAUGAAUCAAUAACUAAAACAUCAAAUACGGAAACUGGCACAUUGACACUGACUGUACCUGGGACAGUUUCUAAAAAGAAACCAAACAAAUCAGGAGAAAUGCCAGAUUGGGCAAAAAAUUUUGCAGCUUUAAAUAAUUUGGAAGUUCAAGAUAAUGCUAAAUUCGACGAUGCAGGAUUACCAUCUUCUUCUGCUGGAAGUUCUGAGGAUGAGAGUCGUUCUGGAAGUAUUGCUGGAGUUAUAGUACAUAGAAGUGACACAAAUACAAGUUCCUCAGUGAACAAUACGCCAGAUAAUACAGAGACUAAUUUUUCUCAAGCAAAAUCAUCCUCAAACUCAGACAAGACGGACAAUGCUCUGAAAACAAAUGUAAAAUUAGAAAAAAAAAUUGUUACACCAUCAGCAUCAAGUAAAAACUCAAGGUCUAGUGGGAAAAUAUUAAAUGAAUCAAAACCAGAUUCAGUGACAUGAAAUCGGUAUUUUUAUUUCUAUUUUAAAUUUAUUUAGUACUUUUGGGGGGAAUUUUUUUUUAUAUGUGCAUUGGUGUUUUGCAACAAAGCCCUGCAUGGGAAAUAUCCACUAUUGUGUUUGCUUCAAUAUAAGAUAAGAUUCCAUAUCUAUCUGGGAAGAGAGAGAAGUUAAUAAGCUGUGACUGUGUUCUUCCUGGAAUCCUCUAUUUCCGAACCACGUGUCGAAAAUUUUAAACUGUGCAAUGUUGGGGGAUUUUUUUCAACCUGAAGUUGAAAGAAGAGUCGAAUAUUUCAGUGACACUGAGCCGAUUGGAAAAUAUCUUCACAGCCCAGGAAAACAUGUCUUUAUCAUAUCUUGGAAUAUGUUUUCGUAGCAAACCAGAUAAUGUUUCAAGUAUAUAUUGUUAUUACAUCAUGUUCAUAUAUUUUUCUAUAUUGUGGUGCUCGAUUUUUUUUCUAUAUAACUCAUGAAUAUUACACUGAUGAAACUACCUGUCUUUAACUGCAUUAUUUCUUCCUUUCUGCUCUCUGAGUUACUUCAUUAUUUGCAUUGUGCCUAUUUUUGUAUUUAUUAUGUAGUAUACACCAUCUUGUUUUAACUGUGCACUUUAAUCACUUUUCAGAUAACGUAGUCUUGAAUAAUUAUGUUUCUUAAGUGUUCAUGUCCUUUAUCACCAUUUUCAUUGAUUCCAUACUUGUGCCUAUUUUGUUUCUUCAAUAAUUUCUAUCAAUGUGCCUUUCUAUUCUCUAUCCUGUAUUAUAUUCUCAAAUUUUUAUUGCACAAUGUCAUUAUCACAUAGUUAAUUAUUGCUCAUGUAGUUCUUCACCUCAAUCCUAAUCUAUGUUGCACUUAUUGAUUUUUCAUCAGUUUUAUUGUACUUGUGAGAGCCUCAGAAAAUACAUAUUUACACAUUUUCAA